UUCAAUUCAUUUCUCAAAAAACACUACAAAUUAUACCAUUUACAUUUUUUCACAUAUUUUUGUUAAUUACUCCAAGGCAAUCCAAACCUUGAUGCAUCACAACAUCUAAAAGAGAAAAAGAAGGAAAAGGGUUUUGCUUUACACACAAAGUAUUUUCUUGUGCAUGAACCUGUGUAAACGGCGACGUUUAAGAUCGACCUAAACCCGACGUCUAAGCAUCAAGAACUAGAAGCAUAAAGUUGGGAUUUUUAGCUUUUCUUGAAGUUGUUUUUCCUUGAAUCUUCUUCUUGUUUCUGUGCUUUAUGUAGGUGGAUGCAUGACCAAAAUAAAUAUACUUUACUUGCCCACCUAUUUUUGAAAAGCUAUGAGCCUCUCUCUCCCACUAAGAUAAAGAUUGAAUCUUUUUUGCCAAAUUGCAUUCUUUUCCCACCAUUUCUUUCACACUUCAAAACCACAUAUAUUUCCCCCACUCCCUUUUUUCCCUUAGCUACUCCUCUAGAUGAUUAGAUAAAUAUCACAAUCCCUUAUAGCUUGUUAUAGAUUGUGCUAACUAAUUGGUGGAGGAAGUGAUCUAAUCACAAGUUUUAGAUUAGGUACUAAUUAUUUCUCAUAAUCCCAACUUCAUUAAGGUUCAAGAAAAUGGCCUCUUUCGGCGGCGGCAAAUCCACAGCCAAAAUCCUAUUCAUCAUCACCAUUAACAUGGCUUUCCUAUUCUUGUCAAGCACCUCACAAUCAGAUUCGAGUAGUUACUUGGAUGAUACGGUGAGAGUAGACCCUUUGGAUGGUUUCAAGAAAUACAGAGGAGGCUACGAUAUAACGGACAAAAACUAUUGGAGCUCGACCGCAUUCACAGGCAUAUAUGGAUACAGCAUUGCAGUUGUAUGGCUUCUAUGUGGUGUUGCAUAUGGAGGAUUUCUUGUUGUAAGAAGCUGUUGUUUCAAAGGGAGAACACUCAAGAAAAAGAGAGCACUUUGUCACAAAAAUUGCUAUGUCCUACCUAUCCUCUUAUCAAUUGUUUUUACCCUUCUUGCCAUACUGGGGAUUGGACUAGUUCUUGGAGGGAAUGCCAAGUUCCAUUCGAGGGCGAAGACCGUGAUAGACAUCAUAAUCGACACAGCGGAUGAUGCCUCGGACACAAUAUACAACACGACCGGGGCCAUGAGGGAGAUGAGCGUAACCUUAGAAUCUGUCAAUGCGGAUCCUGAGACGACGCGCUUCCUCACCUCAACGUCCCAGAGGCUUGAUGUCCAGGCCGAUGAUAUUGCUAGACAAGCCUCAAAGAACCGGCGCCUCAUCGAAAACGGCCUCAAGAUUGUUUAUAUAAUAACUACUGUCACAAUUUCUCUGACUUUGGUAGCUGUGAUUUCUCUUCUAGCAUCAGGCAUCCUGAAAUUUCAGAAGAUUGUUCAAAUGAUAAUUGCAAUAUGCUGGAUAUUGACUGUCCUAAGCUGGUUGUUCUUUGGUAUCUAUUUCUUCCUAGAAAACUUCUCCGAAGACACGUGUACCUCGCUCGAAAGCUUCCAGAAGGAUCCAUAUAACAACAGCCUGAGCUCCAUCCUACCCUGUGACGAGCUGCUCUCUGCAAAAUCGGUCUUGGAUGAUGUGAGCGCAGGAAUCUACGACUUGGUGAACGAGGUGAACAACAACAUAUCGACAUCGUUUGGCAACAUCGUGCAGAUCUGCAACCCUUUUUCUCCGCCACCUCUGCACGAAUACCAGCCGUGGAGCUGUCCCUCUGGAUCCAUCCAAAUAGGCGACAUCCCCCGGGUGCUGCGGAUGCUGGUAUGUCCCGAAUCGGAGGGGCAGACGUGCAACGGAGGGAUCCUGGUACCUGCAGCCGAGUACAACACCAUUGAAGCCUACACCUCCUCGAUACAGAAGCUUCUAGACGUCUACCCCGGCAUGGAAGCACUGGUCGAGUGCCAAACGGUGGAGGAUGCCUUCGCUGAGAUACUCGGAAAAGAGUGUGGGCCCCUCAAGAGGCAUGCUAAAAUGGUGUGGGCUUCGCUGCUCUUCCUCUCGUUAACCAUGGUUGCGUUAGUCCUCGUUUCGGUUGUCGGAGCACACCAUCGACGGACACAACAUUCUUUCAGUGCUUCUGUGAAACCAGUCUCAGUUUUUAUCACACCUGAUGUGCUGGAAUCUGGAGCACCUAAGACAGCAGACAGAAUAUAGAAGACGGUAUCGGUUUUUAGACAGGUAGACACAUUAUACGGAGAAUCAGCUUAGUUUAGGUGAUUCAAUACAAUACACGGCGUAGAACUAUACCAAUACAAUAUAGAGCCAACGGGGGCAAACCCCUGGCCUUCUUUUGUAUUACAAAUCGCUUAAGCCAAAAAAAUAAUACGUAUUUUUUCCGAGCAA